AUGGAAAAGCAAGAAUCGAAAUCCAUUGAAAAAUUUCAUUCCAUGCCGAAUAUUCAAACAAGUUUGGCGAGUGAGAUUGAUCUCCGCCGCCUGUACAGCCUCUCAAUGUCGCAGAUCAGAAAACGCUCUGAAAUUCGAGACCAUUUGUAUAAGCCGUCCCCUUUUAACAUACGUUGGAUUUACGGAUAUAAUCCAAAAGUAAGCGUCAUUAAUUUGAAUAACGAAGGCAGCACGACUGCUUUUUAUGCAGCGGGUAACUGCGGUGUGCUGUUUAACUGGACUACCAACAACAUGAUGGUACUACAGGGACAUAAGCACGUGGUUACAUGUAUAGCGUCAGACGGACUUGGCAAAUGGCUCGUUACGGCCGACUCUGGUCCAGAAAACGUAAUCAUUAUAUGGGAUAGUAGUGAUUACUUUCCACAAAAUACUUUAUUUAACCCUCAUAAACAUGUGAAACUGGCGAAUUUGAUUUUGAGUUCAGAUGCCAAGUAUCUACUAACCCUCGGAUAUCACGAGAAAGCCAACAUAAGUUGGUGGAUCUGGUCUUACGGACUGAAUGCUCCUCAUGCGUCCUUGGAAGUUGACAUACUGCGCGGUGGAAUCGUCGAUAUGGGGUUCAAUCCAUCUAAUUCUGAACAAUACCUAUUAAUGACUAAACGUGACAUAUGGAUUGGUGUUUCUGCUAAAGUAUUUAUUGUUGAAAGAGGUCUUCUUAAAGAGACUGACGAUUACGAGCUUAAAAUUAGAGUCGUGAAACACAAGUUCAAUCCUGAAAAUGGUAGAUUUACCUGUUUCACCUUUGUCCAAGACACCUGUCAAGUCCUAGUUACGACCAGUCGCGGAUGUGUUUUGGUCUACGGACACACUAUAGAGUUCCAUGAAAGUUUAGAUGAAACAAAUUACGAAACUUUAAAAUUCAUUAAAGUUUUAAAAGUGGAGAAGAAAAAAAUUAAUGUUAUUAAGAGCAUUGAUGGAGUAAUCGUGACUGGCAACAAUGUCGGAGAGAUUCACUUUUACGAUAAUCAAAUGAAACUUCUGUACUGGGUCCACGGCUUCACAGCGGACAGUAUUAGAGAUAUCAGUUUCAACAUCUCACCCCGAAGCUACCAGAUGCUUGAUCCAAAAUGUAAUAAGAUAUGUCCAUGUUGGGAGAAAGUGGUGAAAGAGAUCGAUUCCGACACCGGCGUCGUUAAACAAAAGCUUAUGAAAAAGGAUCUUCCGUCAGACGCUACCACCACCGGCAAACUCUUCCUUGUUAGAGAUUUCAUCGUUUGUACACAUAACGAGGGCAUAGGUUUUGUGGAUUUCGUAACAGAGGAGCUAGUUACAAUUAUAGAUAGCAAAAUAUUUAAUGCUCUCACGCUGUCUGUGCACCCAGAAAAAACGUACAUCUGUAUAGGAUAUGGAGAAGGGAUUUUGGAGUUAAUAAACUAUGUUCAGCAUAAAUUAUUCAUAAGAAUAGAUUUGAGCGAACAUUACAAAAUCGUUAUUCCACCAAAGGAAGAUUCUAUAAAAGGCGAUGAGGAGGUCACUAAGCCCGAACUCUCAGUAACGUGCGUGCAGUAUUCUCCUUCAGGUUUACACUUGGCAUGCGGCCUGGACACCGGCCAGCUGAUCUUCCUCCAUCCGACCACCAUCAGCAUACUAACGGAUACCCCGCACAAAGACACAGAUCACGCCAUAACGCAGAUUAAUUUCAGCUGUGAUUCUUUGACUAUGGCUACGGCUGAUAAAGGCAGAACAGUAUGUGUUUACAAGUACAGUUGUGAGUCAUUCGCUUGGAACUUUAUAGGAAAACACAGAGCACAUUACAAGGACAUCACCUCAGUUUUCUUCUUACCCAAAAAAAAUGAUAAUGGAGAAUACAAACUAUUAUCUCUUGGAAUGGACAGAAUUAUGGUGGAAUAUGAUAUUGGGGAGAGUUCUGAUGAAUAUUUAGAAGUACUGAGUUUGGACAGAGUGGAACAAACGGCUGUCCCACAGUAUGGCAUACCCUGGCCCAAUCAACCCGACAUCGACCCUGAAACACAGCGCACUGAUUUACCUAUGAUUUUAAUUGCCACUGACGAGCACAAAUACAAGAUAGUGAAUUAUGCGACGACAAUGACAUUAUCAACUGUACUGGGCCCUAGAUAUGAAACGCCAGUAUGGAAAAUGCAACUGAUAAAAAGUACGAAGGACGAUGUUUCGAUCGAGUAUUUACUUUAUUCGACAAAAAAUGUGAUAGGUCUGCAAAAAAUGCCCCUAGACGGCAAUCCUUGGAAGCACGUUGCUUUACUUGGACAUCCCAUCGAGGUGAUAGACAUGUGCUUUCGUGAAGAUAGCGGAACUUUAUUUACCAUUGGAGCAAAAGAUAACUGUAUAUAUCAGUGGGCGGCUAACUACAGAUCUGUGGAGACAACCACAAAGCAAGGUGGUGGUGACCUGGAUCCAUACUAUUGUCUGAUAGAGAACGGCCGCCCCGGCUGGCUGUUCCACGAGAUAAGGGAUCUGUUCUACUACAUACAGAUACUGUGCCAAGGAACCUUCUCCCCGACGAUGAGACAAGUCAAAGACUACAUCCCAAUAAAUUCGUUACCGGACCUGAUGAGAGCGUUGGGUUAUUUCCCAACGGAAUAUGAGGUGGAAAAUUUAUUGAUAGAAGCGAAGUACAAAGUAUAUCAAAAGGUCCCAUCUACUGAGAUAGAUUUCGAAGAGUUCGUGAAACUGUACCUUAAUCACAGACCAGCGUUCGGAGAAAAUUUCAAGAAAAUCAAAAAUGCCUUUCGACAUUUUACUACCGGAGAAAGCCUAUCUUUAAGCCGCGAUGAAUUCAUCGAUAUGAUCACUAAUUAUGGCGAGUGUUUCCCUCGUGACCUGUGUUGGUAUUUACUUUCAAUACUCAACGGCCAUACUUUUGAGGACAGAGCCUCAAUGAUGGAAGGAGAUUUUUCAUUUCUACCGGAGGAAAUAACAUUCGAAGAAUUAGCCAACAAUAUUAUAGGCAUUCAAGACUUGGAGAUGUUUUCAGAACAACACUCAGUAAAGGAAUCUUUAGAAUCUCAGACGGCUUCUUCAGAUUCGGAGGAAUUCUUAAAU